AUGUCAGGAAAAAGGCAAAGACGAUCCCGUUCCAGAAGAGCCAAACUUCAAUUUCCCGUUAGCCGUGUGAACCGUUUCCUUCGAGAAAGAAACUAUUGCCAGCGCCUGAGCUCUUGUGCUCCUGUGUUCCUCGCUCGUAUAGUAGAGUACUUGUUAUCCAACAUCCUUGUGCUGGCUGCUAAGGAAGCCUACUUUAAUGGCCAGAAGUGCAUCACCCAAGAGCACUUAUAUCAGGCAAUACAGAGCGACGAAGAGCUCUAUCAACUCUUCACAGAAGACACCAACUCUGUGGUUGCUUUGCUAGAAGCAAAGGGGAACUAA